UCACGUUCUUUAAAGCCUAACAGGAGGAGGGAGGCGAAGCAUUCGGGAGGUCGAGUUUACUGCGGCUGCGCGGCUCUUUGGAUCAGCACACAGAAUGUCUGGAGACUCCCCUCUUAGCUUAAGCAAAGGAAGCCCUGCUCCAGGGCCUGUGCCUGAAGGAAUCAUCCGUCUCUACAGUAUGCGCUACUGUCCCUUUGCACAGAGAGCACGACUUGUCCUGCAAGCCAAAGGAAUUAAUCAUGAAAUUGUGAAUAUAAACUUGAAAAAUAAACCUGAUUGGUUUUUUGAGAAAAAUCCUUUUGGCGCUGUCCCUGUGUUGGAGACAAGCAAAGGUCAGCUGAUUUAUGAGUCUCCAAUCACUUGUGAGUAUUUAGAUGAAGCAUACCCCGAGAAGAAGCUAUUCCCACAAGAUCCUUAUGAGAAAGCUUUCCAGAAGAUGAUCCUGGAACUGUUCUCCGCACUGCCUUCUCUGGGCUACAAACAUAUUUUGGGCGUGAAGAAGGGAGAAGAUGUGUCCGCUGUGAAAAAAGAGUACUGUGAAAAGCUUCACAAAUUAGAAGAGAUUUUGGUGAACCGUAAAACUAAGUUCUUUGGUGGGAACUCAGUAACCAUGAUUGACUACCUGAUCUGGCCAUGGUUCGAGCGCUUGGAGCUCUUCCAGUUACAAGACUGUCUGGAUCAUGUUCCAAAACUAAAACAAUGGGUUGAAGUCAUGAAGCUGGAUCCAGCUGUCCAAGCAACAAUGUCAGAUGCUCAGAAGAUCAAAGGUUUCUUUGAGCUGUACCUGAAAAAUAGUCAUGAGGCCUGUGACUAUGGGGUUUCAGCUAGCUAGUGGCAAAGCAUACUGCAUAGCUGUUGUUGCAGAAUCUCUAUCUGAUACCUAAGGUGUGUUGCUCAUUUGUUGUAUGGGCCUGUGCUGUAUUUCUUCCUCUAAAGAAAAAAGCAGAAAAUGGGGACAGGAAGAACAUUUGCAAAUUCUUCUUUCUUCCAAAGUUGUCAUGCCACUCUAUCCCUAGACACAACUUUAAUGUAGUUGGUUGUUGGUUGGUUCCUAUUGUUGGUUGGUUGGUUGGUUACUAUUGUUAGUUCUGUCGCUGUUUUAAAACCAAUUGUUUCCUCUCAGCAAUAAAUAUACUUUCAACACA